AAUGACGGCAAAAGACCCAAAGAAAAAUAGAAGAAUAAAUUACAGUUUACUUACAAAAGACGACGUAUGGCAUACAUUCCGUUUGCCUGUCCACUGAAAAAUCAAGAAAAAAUAAUUGGAUUAUCCAUGGGGCACAUAACCUCACUUUAAACGUAAACAUUUAAUUUAUUUAAUUUUUGAAAAAUGGAAGUCGGCGCUGUUAAACAAGCAUUCAAUAAUGAGCUGAUUCUUAUGAAGAAAAGUUUAAAUCAAGCCAAGACUCAUACUAUACACAAAUUGACUAGAAAAGCUAAAACAUUAACUGAAAAGAAAACUUCAGAGAAACUUAAGCAAAAACUUACAAGGAAAGCAGAGCUUGCUGUAAAAGAAGUUUUAGAAAUAAAGAAAAUCAAGCCUAGAGAUGUGGCUAAAUUUGCCAUAACACACACCGGAGAACUGAAAAACUAUUUGAACAAGCCAACGGUAGACCAAGAACGGGUCUGCUCUAGACUUCUCCUCCACAAAUCUAUGCAAGAAAAAUACAAAAUUAUAAGACGUAGAUUUGCUAACAUACCAAUAAGGGAUCUAUUCAUGUCAAGACAAGAACGAUUAAAAUUGAAAAAGGAAGAAAAAGAAAAGAAGAAACAUAAGAAAGAACUUAAAAACAGAAAGACUAGUAAUUCAGGCGACUGGGAUAUUGAAGAAAUUAACACUAGCAAUGAACAUAUAGUAACUGAAAAUGGUAACUCUGAUUUAUCUAAUGAGCAUGAUAUUAUAAACGGUAGCAAUAAACCCUCCGAUAUAGAAGAGGAAAGUGAAAUUGAAUCUGAAAGUAAACAUGAUAAUGCUGCAAGCGAACUUGAAAAUGAAGUGGAUGAUAGUGAGCAAAUUAACAUUAAAUCACUAGAAAGUAAAGAACUGCCUACGCAUAAAAUAAAAGACUAUAAUAAUAUAUCAGAUUUACCUUUGCCUAAAAAGAAAGAAACAAAACAAAAACCAGUAAAGAAACAAAAAGAAAACAAAAAUAAGAAUUUGAAUGAAAAGCUGUCACAAAGAAAGUUCAAAAAGGAUACCGAUGUAACUCAGUUAGUUGAAAAUAAAAUAGUUGACCCAUUCUUUAUUACUUCGACUGGUGAAAAUUACAUGUCUGUGGCUGAACCCAGACAACCGGAUGAAUUCAAAGAAAUUCAUAGACAAGGGAACAGAAAAUUGAGAAGGGCGGCCAUGUUUGGUCAUGUCCCAAAAAUUAAACCCAGACGAAAUAAUUAUGAAGGAAAUAACUUUAAUACAAAUAAUUUCAGUAGAAAUAGGGAGGAAGAUUUUAGCACCAAAUCAAGUGGAAGGUUUGAUAAUAGUAAACCAUCUAAUUUCAACUAUAAAGAUAAUGAUAAUAAAAAAACAUUUGGUGGUAAAAAUGAGGAUGUUGCAAAGAAAGAGGAAAAAUUACAUCCAUCUUGGGAAGCCAAAAAAAAGCAAUCUGGUAUACUACCAUUCCAAGGGAAGAAGAUUGUAUUCGACGAAAGUUAAUAAAUGUUGAAAUAAAGAAAAAUCUUUUGUCUUCUUCUAAUCACCUUUUUUUUAUUGCCCGAGCAGGCAGACGAGCAUACGGCCCACCUGAUGGUAAGUGGUUACCGUCGCUCAUGGACGUCAGCAAUGCCAGGGGCCACUGCCUACCUUUUUAUGGAGGGUAAGAAGUAAGGAGCGUUAGAGGUAGUAAGCGUAAGGAGGUAAGAGGGAGGUGAAGUCGUCGUGGCCUAAAGGAUAAGACGUCCGGUGCAUUCGUGUUGAGCGAUGCACUGGUGUUCGAAUCUCACAGGCGCGUACCAAUUUUUCUAAUGAAAUAUGUACUUAACAAAUGUUAACGAUUGACUUCCACGGUGAAAGAAUAACAUCGUGUAAUAAAAAUCAAACCCGCAAAAAUUAUAAUUUGCGUAAUCACUGGUGGCAGGACCUCUUGUGAGUCCGCGCGGGUAGGUACCACCGCCCUGCUUGUUUCUGCCAUGAAGCAGUAAUGCGUUUCGGUUUGAAGGGUGGGGCAGCCGUUGUAACUAUACUUGAGACCUUAGAACUUAUAUCUCAAGGUGGGUGACGCAUUUAUGUUGUAGAUGUCUAUGGGCUCCAGUAACCACUUAACACCAGGUGGGCUGUGAGCUCGUCCACCCACACUGGCCGACAUCAUUUUCCUUGUUCAAGUUCUGAUUAUUUUUUUCCACUAAUUUGGUAGUGCUGAUUUCGAAAUUAUACCUCAUUUUAUCGUAUCACAUCAGGUUUUAAAAAAAGUUAAGACAUUGGCUAUUUUAAAUUUUUUGAUUAAAAUAAAUUAAAUUUUAGAUUUUAGCGCUCUUUUCUCGAAUCGUGCGACCUCUCGUGAGGAAAUAUAUUAGUUGCAACAACGGCACACCCAUUCGAAACAGGUUACUUGCAAAUAAACCUCUACAGUUACUUUGUUUAUAAACUUUUUACUGAAAUUAGUGUGUUUAUUUAAAAAAAAAUCUUACGUUUUACUUAUAUAUAUAUUUUUUUAUUUUAUUUUUUACUUAUAUACAAAAUUUCCAUGCUUCUUGUGCGAGUGGGACAGUAGAGCACGAGACAAGCACUACGUUCAAAAAUAAUGGAAUCCUCGUAAAAAUCUCAAAGUAGGAACAAAAAACGUUAUACGAAAAAAAUUAAUUAGUCCUGAAAAGAUUUUACUACCUCCGCUUCAUAUCAAACUCGGUAUGAUGAAAGAGUUCGUUAAAGCAUUGGAUAAAAACAAUGCUAGUUUUGAAUACCUGUGUAAAAAAAUUCCAAGAUUAUCUGAUGCAAAAAUUAAAGAAGGAGUGUUCGAUGGACCGCAAAUCAGAUCUUUGAUGGCUGAUGAAAAAUUUGAUGUCACAAUGAAUAACACUGAAUCAGAUGCUUGGCUGGCGUUCAAAGAUGCUGUCAACAAUUUUCUAGGAAAUAAUAAACAUCCCGACUAUAAAAAUAAGGUUGCAAACUUAUUGGAUAAGUAUCAAAAAUUGGGGUGUAAUAUGAGCAUAAAACUCCACUUUCUAGAUUCACAUGUGGACUUUUUUCCUGAUAAUCUUGGUGAUUACAGUGAAGAACAGGGAGAAAGGUUUCAUCAGGACAUAAAAACUAUGGAGACAAGGUACCAAGGUCAAUGGAAUGUGAAUAUGAUGGCUGAUUACUGCUGGUCACUGACACGUGAUAUUACUGAAGAUACUCACAAAAAAAACUACACCCAGACGUUAUUUUGUCGCGAAACGUAAAAGAUGUCACUCUAAAUAGUCCUGCAGCAUUGUUUAGACUCAAUGUUUUCUUUGUAAAUGUUCAAAUAUAUGAUUUUGUAGUAUGA